CACCAGCCUCUAUUCAUAUAGUUCGACUGCUGCUGGGCAGUAAUUGAGGCGUCAAAACAAAAAUCGGUGGCUGUGCUGGCCGACGAUUUAGGGGGGCGGUCAUAAGUUUGCUGCUAAUUUUGGAUGAUCACAAGAUCCACCCAAAUCGGGCGCUCCGAUUUUGCGUGAUAUCCCCUCUUCGAUUAUGAUCCGGGAACUUUCUUUUGGUCCGGCAAUCUCCACGGAAAGUAUAUAAGCACCCCCCCCGCAAUGACGUUACCCGCACCCCUCCAGUCUUUCUUUUACGUUCAAUGCCAGCUCCCAUCUCCCGUCGUUUCGACCCGGGGAAUUACUGGGAAGGCGUGUCUCCCGACCAGGAUGUCGAUCCGAACAAUGUCGUUCGCUAUUGCUUGAAGCAGCACCAUUUAUGUUUGAGGGAAAGGCUUCGUAGCAAACAAUAUAUGCCCCACACCUUAGUAGUGUUCGUUGACGGCUCCUAUCAGUACAAUGAACAUCAUGGUCAACGUAUCGGUGGCUAUGGCUGCUACUUCGGGCCUAGUUCGCGCUAUAAUGUCAGCGAGUGCCUUCCCUCGAACCGACCCCAGACAAGCAAUCGUGCUGAACUCCAUGCUUCAAUUGGAGCUCUUCAGACAAUUCGUGACUGCAUUCCUGAGUCGAGUCAACCCGAGGAUGUUGUCGUUAUCACCGACUCCCGAUACGUCUAUCGGGGAAUCACUGAAUGGAUCUUUGCGUGGAGAGCUAAUGGAUGGAUGCGCCGGGGCAGGCGACGUGUCGAAAACCGCGACCUAUUUGAAAAAUUAGAUGCACUUGUGGUUGAGUUCGGUCAAUGCGGUGUGUCUGUGCGUUUUUGGCGUGUCCCAAGAGCAAGGAAUACCAAAGCCGAUGAGUUGGCGCGAGAAGCCUCGAGCGCGCCCUGA